AUGCCCGGCGAAGAACACAGCUUCGAACGCCAUGCCUCAGUCACACAGCAGCGUCGACUGUCGCUACAGUACGAGCGCAACGCUUGGAUAGGGCCGCCGUCAGAUUCUAUCUACGCUGGUAUCUCCAGCGACUUUCAAGAUCACUUCACACCAACUAUAGCAAUCGCAAUCCGCGACGCUACGUACUUACUGGACUUCAUCGAGAAGCAGUUCCCAAACAAGGUGUCCGCAGAGGAGGCCACCGAUUUUGUCAUUUCCGAGCUGCAGAAGUAUUCCGAGAACCAUCUGGAGAAAAUUGUUGGGAUAUCAAUGCCUGGGCAUGUUGCAAAGCACUGCCCUCGACUGUGCCCUCGCCUUUGGGCAGAGCUCGACAUUGUUCCAUUGGUCCUGUCGAACGUAACUCUAAUAGAUAGAGUUAGUGUCGAACAGCCUACCGAGGACAGCGCCUCGAAAACUGCUGGAUGGGAUGAAAAAACCAUCGACGAACAGGCUGAGUCCAUGGCACGAAAAGGUGUUAGGUUAUUUGGGCCGGAAAACGCGCCGCUGCUACAAGUGGGCUACCUCGGGCUCGUGGAAGUGGACACAGCUUACCAUGUGCAACUUGCGGACCUGAGUGAUUUCCAGAAAACUGUCUCGGAUAGAACAUGGUCAGCAACGCAACAUUAUGCCACCGAUUUGAAAGAACGCAAUGUCAAAAUCGCAUUUUUCAGUGCCACGCCUCAGGGUGGUGGUGUGGCUUUGAUGCGGCAUGCUCUUUUGCGCUUUUCAAAUUGUCUAGGCACUGACAUAAAAUGGUACGUCCCGAAGCCACGGCCGGGGGUCUUCAGGGUAACCAAAACGAACCACAAUAUCCUGCAAGGUGUUGCCCGUCCAGACGAGCGCUUAACACCAGAGAACAAGAAACUCCUGCAGGAGUGGAUUGAGGAAAAUGCCAGGCGAUAUUGGACCCGACCAGGUGGGCCUUUGCUUGCACCGUCAGAAGGAGGUGCAGAUGUUGUAGUCGUCGACGAUCCCCAGAUGCCAGGCCUCAUUCCCAUCGCAAAGAAACUGGCUCCAAAUCGACCAGUCAUCUUUCGAAGCCACAUCCAAAUUCGAAGUGACCUGGUUGCGAUACCUGAAUCCCCGCAGGCAGAGGCCUGGGAAUACCUAUGGGGUAAUAUUAAACAUGCCGACUGUUUUAUCAGUCACCCUGUGAGCGCCUUUGUGCCGCGGAAUGUGCCUCCAGAGAUAGUAGGCUAUAUGCCUGCAGCAACUGACUGGUUGGAUGGGCUGAACAAGUCUAUGCGAGACUGGGACAUUGCACACUAUGGCCGCAUCUUCAACUCAGGCUGUCGCAAUGCGGACAUGCCAACUAUCCAAUGGCCCGAGGAUUCAUAUAUCGUCCAGAUUGCACGGUUCGACCCGUCAAAGGGUAUCGAGGAUGUGUUAGUUUCCUACGAGAAAUUCCACAACAAACUACUCGCCGAAACGCCUAAUACGGUCCCUCCCAAGCUACUGAUCUGUGGACACGGGUCAGUGGAUGAUCCGGAUGGAGGGCACAUCUACGACGAGAUAAUCGACUAUCUGGACACGAAAGUCCCACAUAUCCGCCACCUCAUUUGCGCGAUGCGGGUGCGGCCCUGCGACCAAGUCCUGAACGCCAUUCUCUCCAAGGCGACUAUCGCACUGCAACUGUCUACAUCCGAAGGUUUCGAGGUGAAAGUCUCCGAAGCAAUCCACAAAGGCAAACCAGUCAUCGCCACGCGUGCCGGCGGUAUCCCGCUACAGGUGGCGCACGGGAAGAACGGGUUCCUGGUUGAUGUUGGCGAUACAGAUGCUGUGGCGCAGCGCUUGUUUGAGCUCUGGACGGAUCACGAUCUGUAUGCCCGCAUGUCGGAGUACGGCAUCCAUAAUAUAAGUGAUGAAGUGAGUACAGUGGGGAAUGCUCUCGACUGGCUCUAUCUUGCUUCCAAGUUAUCGCGUGGCGAGCCUGUUAGGCCCAACGAACGUUGGAUCGAUGAUAUGGCAUUUGAAGAGCUCGGUACCCCGAACAAAGAGGAUGAGCUACAGCUCAAACGUGCAGUCAAGGUGGAGCAGAUGGGCUAA